UUUAAGCAGUUCCCCUUCUCGUUUCCCCUCCUUCCCCCCUCACCUCCCCUCCUUAUCUCAUUCUCCUCCAACUCGUCUUCUCUUGGAUGUAUCCUACUCCACAAGACGCUCACUUGGACACAUAGCUGUCCCAGUUGAACUUGAAGCUGAUAUCUUCAUCAUCCCUUAACUAUUGAUCAACAGUUAAACUUACCAUGAAGCCACUCCGAUCCACCUCCUCUUGCGCACUUGAUAUCCGCCACCCAUUUUACCUGCCCACCCCUACCUCUCGAAUCGUUCAAUCGAUCGAUAUCACCCAACCCCGAGCACGCAAACUGGCCGAACCGAGUUAUCCAUACUCAUUCGAUCUGCCAGGUCACCACGGCUGUGUGAAUGCGAUCUGCUUCAGUCGGGCCGAGCAAGGCCGCUGGCUGGCCAGUGGGGGUGACGACAAGAGAGUCAUCCUCUGGGACAUCUUCUCUGACUUCGAUCAGAUCGCACCCGUCGCUUCAUUCGAUGGCCCGGCUGCAAACAUCUUCUCCAUCGACUUCUCUGCCGAUGGUAGACGGCUGGUUGCCUCGGGAUUAGACUCGAGGAUAUUCGUUUAUGAUCCCAAUCGUCCCUCCGCUCCAGCGAGCCACCCAGCCUCUUCACCCCAUCCAGCGCUCUCUGUCUUAACCCCCCACACCGAGUCCUGUCGGCGGGUAGCCUGUCAUCCGCAAGAAGCAAGUUGUCUUCUCUCUGCAGCGGAGGAUGGCUAUGUAUUCCGCCACGACCUCCGAGCACCUGAGCAAGCGAACAGCACAGCCCUUCUCGAAGCUCGGGCGCAAUAUACUGAUAUAUGCUGGAAUCCAGUCUCUCCCGAUCUCUUCAUUGCCAGCACCAAUCACACAAUCAAGCUGUAUGAUCGCAGGAAAUUAGGGGCUGAUCUGAGUGCAAACGUCAACAGCAGUUUGAUCUCAUUUACGACCAACUUGAUCAAACCUAAGCCGCAAAUCAGGAUUGGUCAUCCAGAGAUUUCGUCAGUCACGAUCGAUCCAACUGGCCAGCUGCUCGGCGUGAUGAUGAGCAAAUGGUACCCAACCAUAUGGUCUUUGGACGACCCCCACCCUUUAGCGGUCUUGAAAUCUGAACCAACUGUUCAUGGAGACCCGCAGGAAGAGGGAGGCUUUCGGGACGUCUGCACCAUCAAACAUGGCGCAUUUUCGAACCAUAUUCAUUCAGAUUCGACUUACUUUGCUGGAGGGAGUGAUGACUUUAGGUGCUAUGGUUGGAAACUACCUACAAUCUCCGAAAUGGAGAGGGAGAGGUACGAGGUUGGGAAUUUGUCGGAUUGGCUAGGUGGAACGACAAUAAACACUUGUGCAUAUGGGAACAGGACGAUCACUGUUCCAGUUACUAUACCCAAGCCUUCGCUGACACUCCACGGUCAUCGGUCGAUUCCGAACUCGCUAAUAUUCCACCCUUACCUACCGUUAAUAUGUACGUCAGGGGUAGAGAAGAUAGUGAAGGUGCAUUCGACCCGACAGGUGGGAUGGUAUCCGCACCAAACCGCCCACUCACGAGCACAGACCACCUCGACGACGGUCCGGAAGAAGAUGAAUGUGGGUGACCGGGUGCCGCUCAUGUUUGGGUCGAGCGAGCGUUCCCGACGGCGUUCCAACGCCAGCCCGGAGGACGAGGACUUGGAGACUCUGGCCAUGUUCGAUGCCCUCCUCGAGCGCGAAAAAGAGCUCGGCGAACACUCCCUGUGGCUUGGCCUCGACCAUGCCAGUGAUCAUCAGGACCCUGAUCAGGACGGGAACGAGGACGAGGACGAGGGCGAUUACCUCUCGUACGACGGAUUGUCGGAUUAGUUCAACUCCUCUCAUGUAUUCAUAUCAUCACCAAAAUGUCUUUACUUCUUUUUUUACAUCUGUUGUUGUUUUUUUUUUUUUGCUGCCCUCGUCCCCUCACCUCUCUAAUGUCUAAAAACCUACCAAAAAAAAAAAACCCUCAUCCUCGCAUUCCUUCGCAACCUGAUAAUACCCUAGUAGACAGUCCUCAAGGCCUUCUCACGUAACAGAAGAGAUAGGGAUCGGGUUAACAUAGCGG